ACUGACAGCCGGGCUACGUAUACAGUGUAGUUCAAAUCUAUCUGUAAUUGAGCUUGGGGUUUUCUCAUAACGGGAUGCUGGGAGUUAAUCAGAACUUUGUAUAAAUUGCAGACUUUGCAACACUGUAUUAACAUAUAUAAAAACAAUAUACAACACUAAAAACGAUGCUGUGCCCUCUUCCAUCAUGGCGCCGUAGGCUUGCAGUGCCCUCGUCUGUGGGCAGGAGCUGCGUGUGCUUGUGUAAUAGUACAGUAAGCGGCUUGUCCUGGGCUCACAUGCUUCCAUUUACGAGGUUAUACGUACAUGUGCGAUUGAAUGCCGGCUUUCUCUGCAGAAAAUGGGCUGUGAGUCUCCUGCUCUGUGAGUUCAUUGCUGUAAAAUGAUGGUGGCCCCCUAUAAGAGCUUAUAAGGACAGAGUUUGUGGCUGCAAGAGGGUCGCAAGGACCUGACACCUGUGGAAAUUUAAAGAAUACACUUGUGUGUAUCUCAUGGGUUCCUGCUGACGCUGUAAGGACAAAGCUCAACAUUUCUUCUCUUCCAUGAAGCUUUCUUCUGAAAAUUAUGUUACUUGCCUUUCUGACUGCCACUCAAGGGACAUGUGUGAUUGUCUAUGGUGAAAUUAACGGAAACAGUACAUUUAUAGAUAUUUUUUACUUCAUGCAGCAAGAUGCAGAAAAAUACAGAACCAGCACAGGAAGCUGUUCACAUUACCCCCAGCCAACAGAUGAUUGCAUCUUCAGUGGGAGCCCUUCUUACAUCUUUCCUUGUUACACCUCUGGAUGUUGUGAAGAUUCGGCUACAGGCUCAAAGCAAACCUUUUAUAAAAGGAAAAUGCUUCGUUUAUUGCAAUGGUUUAAUGGAUCAUCUGUGCAUGUGUACAAAUGGGAACGGAAAAGCGUGGUAUAAAGCACCGGGCCAUUUCCGAGGGACCAUGGAUGCUUUUGUCCAGAUAAUAAGGAGUGAAGGAAUCAAGUCCUUGUGGAGCGGCCUGCCUCCGACUCUUGUCAUGGCAGUGCCAGCCACAGUCAUUUAUUUUACGUUCUAUGAUCAGCUACGGGUCAUUUUGAUUCGGAGGAUGCCAGAAAGGGCAGAGAUUGCUUCUCUGGUUGCUGGAGCCACUGCUAGAUUGGGGUCAGCAACACUAAUAAGCCCACUGGAACUGAUAAGAACCAAGAUGCAGUACCGACCACUGUCCUACAAGGAGCUCAUGAUUUGUAUCCAAAGUUCCUUGGCCAAAGAUGGCUGGCUCUCACUCUGGAAAGGCUGGGGGCCCACAGUGCUUCGAGAUGUCCCUUUCUCUGCACUGUACUGGCACAACUAUGAACUUGUGAAGCAGUCGUUAUGUCAGAGAUACAACACCUUGCAGCCAACAUUUGCAAUCAGUUUUACAGCUGGAGCUGUGUCGGGCUCAAUUGCAGCAAUAGUCACUUUGCCUUUUGACGUGGUGAAAACAAGAAGACAAGUUGAGGUUGGGGAGCUAGAGGUUUUCACUUAUUCUCAUAAAAGAUCCUCAUCGACAUGGAAGCUGAUGAGUGCUAUAGUGGCUGAAAAUGGCUUUGGGGGGCUGUUUGCUGGUCUUGUACCCCGAUUAAUCAAGGUUGCACCUGCUUGCGCCAUAAUGAUCAGCACCUAUGAAUUUGGAAAGUCAUUUUUUCGGAAGCUAAAUAAUGAAAGACAGCUGAAAAGCUUGUGAUUUAAAUUUUGGCGAUUGGUCAAACAUGUCCGUUGUGGCUUGUGUAUUGCUAAAAGAUCUUCUUUGAAUCUGAAAGGAACAGCCAGGGUUAUAGAUUUUCCUAUAGCCAAAUCUGGCAGUUUACUGAAGGAGUCAGACUAACAGUAUGCUACAUUCUGCCUUGUGUGCUUGCACGUGAUCCCCCUGACAGUUUUAUUUUUAAUAAUGUUGUGCCUUCAGACACGAGAGAAAAAUAUUGGAUUUUUAUAUACUCCACAUUGUGCCAUAUCUGUAUACCGCCAUCUUAGUUUUUUUUCUGAUUGCAACUAUUUAACUAUAUCAUUUUUUAUAAAUCGUCCUAAUUUCCCCCAGUCCAGUCAUUCUUUGUUUAUUGUUAUUAUAAAAGGAGAGGACAGUAGUCCCAUCCAUGGAGUUGGGGUGAGCACAGAGUAAUUGGAAAUGGCAGAGAGCAGGCAUUAGAUAGUUUCCCUUUUGUUUGCUUAUAAAGCAAGACUCCAUAAAGCCAUAUCUAGUAUCCCCUGCUCGGGCUUGAGGUUAGAAUAUUAUGUUUCUCAUCGAGCACUGGCAGCGAAUCUCAUUUACUUUUUCUUCUGUAAGUAGCAGCUACACAAUCCUCAUCCUUUGCUUUCAGAUCCAUCCCUUUAUUAAUUUGUGCCAUAGAACUGUUGUGUUUUGUCAGAUGUCAAACUCAUAGUCUUGCUGCUGCUGUUUCUACAGCUCACACGUGUUAGCUGAGGAUGCUCGGAGUUGUACUGCACCAAAGUUAAUGGACUGCAAGUUUCAAAACCCCAGAUCUGAGGAAUAUAAGGCUUUGCUCUCCACUACCUGUUGUACUGCUUUAAUAAUAAUAACUAAUGCCCCUGAAGAAGCUGAGUUAAUCGGCGAAACGCGUUGGGCGGCAUUGGUGGAAGGUGAGAAGUCUAGCCUCCACCCUUUCCCUACGUAGCUAGGUAGUGUCAGCACUUUGGGGCAGAAAACGGAAGGGUGGGAGCGGGUGAUGCUACCCUUUGAUUUAUGCACAUUUGGCUCUAACUGGGUUUUGCAUUCAAGCAUAUACUUACCUCAUUGGUCCACCAUUUGCAGUUUUUAACUAAGUGUUUUUUUAUGGACAGUUGUCCAGCACUGCUGUGAUUUUUCAACAGCAGUGGGUGUGUGGUUUUGAGCGCUUUGCAACUUUUUAAUCAGUAGAUUAAAUGUUACGUUUUAAAUUAACUGGAUACAUUGUUGAGAUUUGACACUGAACUGGUUUGCUUUGAAGUAUAGGGUGGAUACUUUUACACAUAAGUAUCCCUCUAGCUUCAGUGUUUUUGUUAUAUAAGUUUAUGCUUUUUCAAACCUGCGGUGUCCUUUAAUGUAACUUAUUUACCUAUGGGCUCCUUACUUUUCUGUGGUACUGCUUUAAUUUAAAGUGAAUUGUACAGGUUUUUUUGUAUAAUUGUCAUUUUAUGGUUUUAAGGUAAAAAAAAGUAUAGGAUGGAAAAUAUAUUUAUUAGAAUGACCAGAAAAUAACUUAUUCCUACAUUUUCCAUUUGUUACCGUGGAGAUGUACAACUGGUUACUGCAUAUGAAAAUUCUGUACCAAUUGCCCCAGUGUUGCCUAAUUUUUUUAUGGCCCAACAUAAACUCUAGUAUGUUUGAGGCCUUCAUUCCCGAGCUGUUCUGGCAGAAGGAGCUAGAAGCCACGGUCUGGCUUUGUACUGUUGCAGUAAGAACUGUGGCAAUCAGCAGAGAUUUUCUUAGGUGAAAACUGUUGCAUUAUACGUUUUUACAAAAAGACUCUUUAUUUUUAUUUAAAGCCAUAAUGUGGAGAGGUUUAUGUGAAGGUUCUUAAGAAAAUGAAAUGUUAUCUGACCGAUACAGUAGAUCGAAUAGUAAAUGUGAUAAGCUGAUUCUGCAAUGAAGGAGUUAUCGUGGCCGAUCCUGUGAUGCUAAGUAUAAAAUGAAUUCUUUGAUUCAGCAGGAAUCUCGGUGUAACAUUCUUUAGGAGUUUCAAUCCAGCUAUCAAGCACUUAUAUAUGUAAUAUGUAUCAAAAUAUUAUGUACUAUUCUAUACACCUAGUUUUUUUUCUUCCCUUUGAAAUGGUAUUAAACUUGUUUGUGUAAACCUCAA